GGAAUAAGGAAGUAUAACACUACAAGGAAAACGUUUGUAUUUCAAGUUUCAAUCCUUGGCGAAAAAGCAAACUUGAUUAGCUCAUCAUUUUCAAAUAAAUAAGACUGCAUCCAAUUACAAUACAAAGCAUCACCUCAUCAACAUUCAUCAUCUUUAACAAAGUUCAGCUUGAUCGUCUGUUUCAUCUAUGGAAAACCCAGUAGUUGAAGAAUUUGUACCUUCUUCGGGUUGGAUGGAGGGCCCAAGAAGCCAUUCUCUCGUUGUUGAUCUGCCUGGUUUCAAGAAGGAUGAUCUUAAGCUUCAGGUUACUUGCUCUGGCGACUUGAUGGUCAGUGGAGAAAGGAAAGUACAUCAAGAAAAAACUCUUUAUUUUGAGCGAACCUUUAAAGUGCCAAAAAAUACGGACACGGAUAAGACCACUGGAAAAUUCAAUGGUGAGAUUCUCUGUGUCACUGUCCCAAAGCAAGUGGUAGACGAAAAGAGAAAGGUAGGGUUCUCUGAAGAGAUCAUGACGGAGGAUUUGAAGAAUACAAAUUCGGAAAAUGUUGUGGAGAUGCUUAAAAGAAAUAAGGGAAUUGUUAUGACGGCUAUCUUGGCAUUUUCACUAGGGGUAUUGUUAACACGUAAGUCGGAAUCAACUGGAAACUGAGCAGGCUCUCGACCCUGUAUUGCUUGUAUAUACUAUCUGCCUUCAUCUCAUAUUAUACCUGAAAGCAGCUACAUUAUUUCGUUCUAGGUACAGAAUAAAAAUGCUAUGUAAAAAUCCAAAUAAAUGAUAUGUACCCAGAGGGUGAGGGAGUUAGUUCUAUAAGGAAUGCAAUCAAUAAAAUCUCAGCUGUGCAUCAAUCAGAGAUAUCAGCACACGAUCACAGCAAUACUGAGCCAUAUUCUUAGCAACCCUCUCUUGUCAAGUGGUGCAUGAUCAUAGGAAUAAAUCAUGUGUAUUUAAGUUUCCACUAGCUGUAUAUCCUUGUAUAGAAAUCUUUUCCUUUUAUGUAGUCUUUCCAUAGAUAGACAUCAGUUGUAACAGUGAUAUAUAUAUAUGAAUACAAUCACAACCUUUAUCUCAA